AUGAAAAGUCAAAAUAAAGAUUAUGAUUAUUACCGUACUCUUUCGUAUAAUCGGCCGAAAUUUUGUUCAAAUGCAUCAUGGUAUCCAAAUGCGAUAACUUUUGCAAAUAUCAGUACAGUUGGCGCAAACCCAACGGCCAUUUCUAUCAAUACUAAUAACACAAUCUAUGUUGCCAAUCGAGCAAAUAAUAAAAUUCAGAUAUGGUUCAAUAAUAGUAUCGAUCCAACACAAACAAUUUACGGUGGUUUGUCACAACCAUAUUCUGUUUUCGUUACGACUAAUAGUGAUAUUUAUGUUGACAACGGAGCACUCAACCAUCGAGUAGAUAAAUGGACAUCUCAUGGAAACACUAGUGUUCCUGUAAUGUAUGUUAGUACAUCGUGCUAUGGUCUCUUUGUUGAUACCAAUGAUACCCUUUAUUGUUCAAUGUUUAAUCUUAGUCAGAUUGUCAAAAGGCGGGUUAGUGAUAAUUCUAGCACAUUAAUAACAGUUGCUGGUACAGGAACCGCUGGAAGUACCUCGUCUAUGCUCAAUGGUCCUUGUGGAAUUUAUGUUAAUACCAAUUUUGAUUUAUAUGUGGCAGAUUCUUACAAUAAUAGAAUACAAUUAUUUCAGUCUGGACAAUUAAAUGGAAACACAGUAGCAGGAACAGGAUCUAUAAUUCCUACAAUUUCACUUAGUUUUCCAACUGGAAUUGUUCUUGAUGCUGAUAAUUAUCUUUUUAUUGCGGAUUACUUCAAUAAUCGUAUUGUUGGAUCAGACCUAAAUGGUUUUCGUUGCUUAGUUGGUUGCUCUGGUUUAUAUGGUUCAGCAUCCAAUCAGUUAUUAUGGCCUGCUACUCUUAGUUUUGAUAGUUAUGGCAACAUGUUCGUCACAGAUUAUGGAAAUAGUAGAAUUCAAAAAUUUAUAUUAUCAACAAAUUCCUGUAAUGAAAUAACAUCAACAGUUAAACCAGCUACAACAGUUAAACCAACUACAACAGUCAUACCAACUACAACAGUUAGACCAACUACAAUAGUUAAUCCAGCUACAACGGUUAUACCAACUACAACAGUUAAUCCAACUACAACAGAAAAUCCAAAAGAACAAGUAACUACUACACAACAAAUAACUUCUACAGAAUACAUAACAACUUCAAAAAGAUUGAUUACUAAUCAAACUUGUUUCUCACCGAGAAUAACACUUAUACCUUCUACAUCAACGUUAUCAUCACCAAUUCAAUUUCGACGAAGUCAAGAUUUUUAUAUUGUUUCAUUAAUUGAAUUAAAUUGUAAUAAUUCAAUAUCGAUCAUUACCCAAUGGACAAUAAAAAAUUGUACUUCUAUUUGUUCAAAUCAAAUUCAAUUAGAUUCAACAAUAAUAACAACAUCAACUGAAUUAUAUAUUCCUGCACGAACUCUUGUCUAUGGUUUAUAUGAAUUAAAAUUAAUUGUAACAAUGGUUAAUAUGUCAAGUUUAACUUCGACAUCAUCUGUUUAUGUUCAAAUAACUUCAUCAGGUAUAACAGCAAAUUUAAUACAAUAUGGAACAUCAAUGAUUACCCGUGGUAGUCAACAAGAUCUUCAAUUUGAUCCAGGAACUUAUUCUAUUGAUCGUGAUAACAAUAUUUUGAAUGCUACUGAUUGGAUAUAUGAAUAUUAUUGUCGAAUCUAUGGUUUAUAUAUGUUUCCAAAUUUACAAGGUUCAUUAUUAUCAAUUGAUGAUUUAAGAAAUGAUUCAUUGAAUCCAUCAUGUUUAUCAAAUCGAACAGGAUGGAAAUUUAGUAAUUCAAUUAAAUCAUCAUUAACAAUUCUUUCUAAUUCUCUUCAAUCAAAUCGAACAUAUCAAUUUAUGGUUUAUAUGGAAAAUCGUCGAAAUUCUUCACUUCAAGCAACUGGUUACGUACUUGUUAAUGUUGAAGAUACUCAUCCACAAAUGAUUCUCAUUAGUUGUGUUAUUUGGACAUUAUGUAUACCAAAUUUAGAAUUUCAACUUCUUAAUCCAACAACACAAGUUGCUCUAUUUUCUAUAUGUAAUGGAAAUUGUACAAUAAUUCAAAAUAUAACAUGGAACAUUUAUUAUGGUACAAUGAAUUCAUCUUCAAAUUAUACAAAAUGGAUAUCGUUUAAUCAAACAAGUUCUUAUGAAAAUAUUUGGUUUUUUGGUAUGAAUACAAGUAAUUUUACAACAACAAAUCAAUUAUUUUUAUCGAAUCCACAAAUAAAUCUUUGGCGAUUUGAAGUUAUAUAUACAUUUCGAUCGGAAAUAAGUUCAAGUUCAUUAAAUUUUAUUAUUAAUCGACCACCAGUAAAUGGUUCAUGUUCAAUUACGCCUCUUAAUGGUACAACAAGUAGUUUAUUUGAUAUUUCAUGUCCAAAUUGGUUUGAUGAAGAUGAUAUCAAAGAUUAUUCUCUUUAUAGUUGGACAAAUAAUUUCUCAGAACAAACUAUUAUUGCUUAUUCUUUAAUAUCAACAUUUCAAGUUCGCUUACCAUUAGGAGAUGAUCAAACAUCAUUCGUUCAUUUAACUGUUUAUAUUCGUGAUACAUUAGAUUGUAUUACAAAAUUUAAUUUAUCAUCUGUUACUGUCAUAUCAGAUUCAAUAGGAAUUACGAAUUUAAUAAAUGAUAUUCAAAAUUCAUCAAAUCAACUAACAACAAAUCCAAUAAUUCAAUUACUUGCUAGUGGAAAUCAAAAUAUUGUUGGACAAGUUAUUACAUCACUUUCACAACAAUUCAAUAAUAUAAAUAAUGAAAAUAUUGAUCAAGCUAUUUCAAAUGGUGUUCUAUCCACGAGUAUUUCUAUUUCAUCAUUAGAAGAUCAAAAUAUACAAGGAUCUUCGAUAUUAUUAAAUAAAUCAGCAUUAAUUGAAUUCAAUAAUCAAUUGAAUAUGUAUGCUAAUACUCGAGAAUAUCUUAUGCAGUUUAUAACAAAACUUGUAAUAACAAAUUCAUAUAGUAUUCAAUUACAAUCAUCAUUAUUAGCACAAUUAACGAAAGCAACAAAUCAAUUAACACGAACAACUUUAAAAAGUGUAUCAGAUAAAUGUUAUCAAUUGGCAAUUAUGUUAAAUUCAAUAAAAACAAAUAUUCCAUAUGAAGAUGUUCAAUCAGCAGCAACUCAACUCAUUCAAUGUGCUGCGAAUCUACUCAGUGCUGUAAAUGGACCAUUACAACAACGAAUAUCUAUAUUAGAUUCAGAUUCAACACAAGCUACAACAUUUCCUUCUGAUUAUGAUACUGAUCUUGAAUUUGCAUGGUCAAAUCUAAAUUUGUUUGCUGAUGGAAAUGAUUUUUCAUGGGGAACAAUACAAAAAAAUCGAAACAUUUAUUAUCAAAAACAAUUGGCAAAUCAAAUCACUAAUCAAAUGAAUGAUCUCAAAUCAUUAUUAACUUCAUCAUUAAAUAUUUAUUUAAAUAUUGGACAAAAUAUAUUAAUAAAUACAUCACAAGUAUUCAUGUCUUUAGAAACAAAAGCGAAUGAAUUUCUUUCAAAUAGAUUUAUUCAAUCAAUUUCAAAUGCACAAAUUCAAUUUCCUCAAAAUUUAAAUUUAAAUUUAACGAAUAAUUCUAAAAUUUCAAUUCGAUCAAUGAUGGAACCAUUAGCUUCAUAUGAUAAUACAACAUAUACAAAUCUGUCAAGAUUAGUAACAUUUUCAAUUCUGGAUGAAAAUGAAAAUGAAAUUUCUAUUCAAACAAAUAUGAGUCAUCCAAUCGAAAUAAUUAUUCCUCGAGAUCCAAAUAUAAUAAUACCACCAAUGAUUUUACAAAAUGUUACAUCAAUGAAUAAUACUCCUCAUAAUCAAUUAUUUGAUUUACAUUAUUUGAAUAUUACAAGUUCUCUUUCAAUUUCAAUUCAUUUCGAAAUUCAACCUUUAAAUAUAAGUCUUGCUUAUUUAUUUAUUUAUAAAUUUGAUCAAUUACCUCAAUUAAAUACUUCAAUUAACAAUAUUGAUGGAUGGACUCUAUUUUGUCCUUUGAAUUUAACAAAUGAAACUUUGUAUAAAUAUUUUAUUAAUAAUCAACAAACAUCCGAUCAUCAAUCAAUUAUAUAUGGUUUACGAGAAUUAAAUUCAACAGAAAUGAUGAAUACAUGUUCGAAUACUUCUAUUGGUAGUCUCCCAAUAACAGAUCAACGAUUUAAUUUUACAUCGAAUUAUCAACUAAGAAUUUAUACAUCAGGUUGUUAUUAUCUUGAUAAAAAUAAUCAAUGGAAAUCAGAUGGAUUAACAGUUGGUCCUUUGACAAAUCAUUAUGAAACUCAAUGUUUUUCAACUCAUUUAACAAGUUUUGCUAGUGGUUUUGUUAUUUUACCUGAAUCAAUUAAUUGGAAUUAUGUAUUUGCCAAUGCUGAUUUUAUGAAAAAUAAAACAAUUUAUUUAACUGUCAUUUGUGUAUCUGUAAUUUAUAUAAUUUUAAUUAUAUAUGCACGUUUUAAAGAUAAAAAAGAUUUGGAAAAAUUAGGAGUUACACCAUUACCUGAUAAUCAUCAAUCAGAUCAAUAUUUUUAUCAAAUUAUUGUUUUUACUGGUCAACGACAAAAUGCUGGAACAAAUUCAAACGUUCAUUUUAUUAUAUAUGGUGAUAAUGAUGAAACACAUAUUCGUACAUUAGCUGAUUCUCAACGAAAAAUUUUGCAACGUGGUGGAAUUGAUUCAUUUAUAAUGGCAGUUCCAGAAUUAUUAGGAUUAUUAAAUUGUAUUCGCAUAUGGCAUGAUAAUACAGGUAAAGGUGCAUCAUCAUCAUGGUUUCUUAAAUAUAUAAUUAUUCGUGAUUUACAAACAAUGGAAAAAUUUUAUUUUAUUUCUCAACGUUGGUUUGCAGUUGAAAAAGAUGAUGCAAAAAUUGAACGUAUUUUGCCUGUUGCUGGUGAUAUUGAAAAACAACAAUUUUCAUAUAUAUUAUCAAAAAAAGCUUAUCAUAGUGUUUCCGAUGGUCAUUUAUGGUUUUCAAUAUUUUCUCGUCCACCAUCAAAUCAAUUUACACGUGUUCAACGAUGUACAUGUUGUUUUGUUUUACUCUUUAUUUCAAUGUUUUUAAAUAUAAUGUAUUACGAUUUAUCAACAGAAGCUAAAACAAAUAAUUCAACAAAUACUGCUAGUUUAUCUUUUGGUUCUUUUUAUCUUAAUUCUCAACAAGUAAUUAUUGGUAUAGUUGUUGAAUUAUUUGCAUUAAUUCCAAGUCUUUUACUUGUACAAUUAUUUCGACGUCUUCAAUUUCUUAAAAAACAAAUUUCACCAUUACAUCAAACUUUGUAUAAAAUCAAACCAGAUUUAAAUAUCAAUGAGGACAAAAUUAAAAAGAAAUUUUCAUUAUCAUUUCCUUGGUGGUGUAUAUUUAUUGCAUAUGGACUUUGUAUAAUAUUAGUUGGUCUUUCAAUUAUGUUUAUAAUUGCUCGUGGAAUUGAAUUUGGUGAUGAUAAAACACAAAAAUGGUUAAUAUCAAUUCUAAGUGGAUUUUUUUCUUCGAUUCUUUUAACACAACCAUUAAAAAUAAUAGGUUUAACAAUAUUCUUUGCUUUUUGUUGUCAAAAUUCAUAUGAUGAUAAAGAAGCAAAUGAAUAUUUGGAUAAUAAUCAACUUGCUUUAGAUAAUGAUGAAGAAUAUCUUCAUUCGUUUAAGAAGAAAUCAAUAUUUACUUAUCGACAACCAAUUCGUGUCGAUCGUUUAAAUGAAACUGAAAUAAACCAUGCUCGUAAUGAACGUUUAAAAGAAAUUCAUAUGUGGUCAAUGAUAAAAGAAAUAUUACUUUAUUUAUGUUUUAUAACAGUUCUUUAUAUUAUAAUUUAUUCAAAGCGUGAUUUAAAUUCAUUUCUUCAAGUUAAUCAUUCACGAAAAUUUUUCUUUAAUUCAAGACAAAUCAAUUGUGAUUAUACAAAAAUUACAACAAUAGAUGAUUAUUGGAAUUGGUUAGAAAAUAAUUUUAUUGAAAAUAUUCGUGCUCAACAAUGGUAUAACAAUGAUCCGCCUAGGAACUUAAGUGGUUUUAUUAAUGAUAAAUCUAAUCGAUUAAUUGGCUGGGCAACGAUGAGACAAUUGCGUGUUAAAUCAACAUUAUGUCAGGUUCAAAAUGAAAUUACUUCAACAUGUCAAUAUGAUUAUAAUUUCUAUAAUGAAGAUAAAUAUUCCUAUAAACCAGGAUGGAAAAAUAGUAUAAUACAAAAUUAUAGUUCAGCAAUUUCUCAAUCAUUUCAAUAUUCAACAAGUGAAGAUUUAGAUACAUAUAGUUAUAUUGGAGAAUAUGGAACUUAUAGUGGAAAUGGUUAUGUAUAUGAAUUUCGUGGUCGUUUAGUUGAUCUUCAAAGUAAUUUAUCAUUACUUCAUCAAUUAGAAUGGAUUAAUAAUCAAACAAGAGCUAUUAUUAUUCAAUUAACUUUAUAUAAUCCAAAUGUUCAAUUAUUUACUUCAGUCACAUUUCUUGCAGAAUUUUUAUCAUCAACUGGAAUAUUUACAAGUGCUCGUUUUGAACCAAUGAAUUUCUAUACAUUUACAUCGAUAACUCAAUUCGUUUCUAUAAUUAUUUAUAUGAUAAUUAUUAUCUAUUUCAUGUGGCUAGAAAUUCGAUCAGUAUUUAAAUUAAAAUGGAAAUAUUUUCAUCAAUUUUGGUCUUAUAUUGAAAUUGGUAUAAUAAUAUGUUCUUGGACAAGUGUCGGUAUUUAUAUUUGGCGAUAUAAUGAAUCUAGACAUAUUGGAAAAUUAUUUAAUGAAACAAAUGGAUAUGUGUAUAUAAAUUUACAAUUAGCAUCAUAUGUUAAUGAUAUUUUAAUUUAUUUAUAUGGUUUUUGUUGUUUCUUUGGUACAAUUAAAUUGAUUAAAUUAUUUCGUUUUAAUCAACGUCUCUGUUUAUUUAUUGAAACAUUAAAAUAUUGUGGCAAAGAAUUAUUAGCAUUUUUCAUGAUGUUUUCAAUUAUAUUUUUUUCAUUUGUUUGUCUGUUUUAUUUAUUAUUUAUUUCAAAACUUGAAUCAUGUUCAACUUUAUUAAAAACAAUACAAAUGUUAUUUCAAACGAUUUUAAUGAAAUUUGAUGCACAUGAAUUAGUUGAAGCUGGAGGAUUUCUUGGACCAUUUUCUUUUAGUUUAUUUAUUGUUUUCAUUGUUUUUAUAUGUAUAAGUAUGUUUAUUUCAAUAAUUAAUGAUAGUUUUCGUCAUGUUAGAAAAAAUAUUCCCAAUGAUAAUGAAGAUAUAUUUUUAUUUAUGGGAAAAAAAAUUCUAUAUUGGAUAGGAUGGGAAAAAUCUAUGAAAGAAGAACAAACAGAUUUGGAAUAUGUGGAUCCAAUUGAACAUUUUCCAGAAAAAAUUGAUCAAUUAUUAAAUGCAUUUAAUCGAUUAUAUACAAAUCAAAACAAUUAA